GAUGGAUGGAUAUCCUGUGUGGGUAUAUAUAAGCCUGGCAACCAGUUGCUCCAUCCUUUCAGUUGCGCUUACACGGAGACUCAACACAGGCAACCAACAAUUGCAGCUCCUAUGAGCGGCGCCAUCAACUGUUGAGCAGCACCACGAGACCACAACACAACGAGAAUGCAUUGGCUAGCACAUUUUCAGAUCAUUUUGCUAUGCAUAUGGUUAAUGUGCGCCAACUCCAAUGCCAUGCCAUGCGACUCCUGCGGCAAAGAGUGUGCCAACGCCUGCGGCACUAAGCAUUUUCGAACCUGCUGCUUUAAUUAUCUACGCAAACGCAAUGAUCCGGAUGAGCUGCGUCGCAGCUCGGACCGCAGACUGAUUGACUUUAUAUUGCUGCAGGGCAGGGCCCUGUACACGCAGGAGCUGCGCGAGAGACACCACAAUGGCACCCUGAUAGACCUCGGCCUGCAAACCUACUACAAUAACUGAAGAUCCACCACACUGAUAAUGAUAUGGAUAAUGAUAAUGACACUGAUCCGACAGACCCUCCCUUACCACGAUUCACAUGAUGAUCCACGGCUGAAUGCUUGAAAUGUUUGAGAUGUUAAUUUUCCAAUAAAGGCGCAAAACCUCUUUGGGGCAAUAUGCUUUAUAAAGCAU